AUGGCAUCACACUUCCUCACGGAAGGUAUCUGUUCCUGCGAUUCCAGAUUGUUAAUCCAGGUAACCUUGCCAACUGGAAUCGGUUGCGCUACGGCGACAUUGGUCUGGCAUGUCCACGGCUCUGCGGGGAACCCGGCUCGCACAAAGAAAGUAAAACACUCGACCAGGGAGCUAAAAGUAGUGAUGGUCGACAGGCGAACAAAGCACCCCUUGCCAUUUCCAUGUGUUUACGGGGCGCAUCACACCUAUUACUUCUUCAGCCAAUCUUCAGUUCAACUAUUUAACGAAGUAUACGAAAGUCAACUGUCUCCGCCGCCAAACCCCCAACUAGCCGAGGUUGAGAACCCCAAGAACCCCAAGUCGAAGUCCAUGAACAUUUAA